AUGGCAGUAACCAGUUCACAUAUUUCUUUCUUGCUUAAAUGCGUAGAAAUUACACAGUUGCUAAAUGUUAUACUGGUCAAAAAGGAUGGUUGUGCUACUUUUGGCCCAGCAUGAAAUGGGACAUUAUUACCAUGACUAAUAUAAUAAGGAAAGAAUCAUAGUUGAACAUUUUCAUAGUUUCUUCAUCUCUGGAAAAUUAUAUUGAGAUAUCUCUUUCUUUUCAUAUCCAUGCCCUUAGAUAGUCUCACUCUUCCUAUGAAAUAAGUUCCUGGUGUUGCUUUCAUAAGCUGAUAGAUGGCAUAGUUGUUCAGCAACCAUAAUGCUCACAUUUAGUCAUUCAGAGACUAACACAUCCAGGAUGAUUGCAGUGAUAUGUUGGUAAGCUGUGGCAAUAGGCAAUAUGAAGACAUGUGACAGGAACACAUAGACUCCCAGUCAGUUUGCACAAAGGUAACCAUGCCUUACGCAAAUCAGCCGUCUGUUCAUAUAACAGAUCUCACUGAAGAAAAUGUUAAAUUUCAAAUUGAAGAUACUGAAUUGAGUGUUGCGAACAGCAUGAGAAGAGUAUUUAUUGCUGAAACACCAACAAUGGCAAUAGAUUGGGUUCAGCUUGAGGCAAACUCCACUGUUUUAAGUGAUGAAUUUUUAGCACAUCGAAUUGGCCUGAUACCCCUAACCUCAGACGAAGUUGUGGAUAGAAUCCAGUAUACCAGGGACUGCACCUGUGCAGAUUUUUGUCCAGAUUGCAGUGUUGAGUUUACAUUAGAUGUUAAGUGUACAGACGACCAGACACGGCAUGUGACAACAGCUGACUUAAAAUCCAGUGAUCCCAGGGUUGUUCCAGUUACAUCCAGGCACAGAGAAGAUGAGGCUAGUGAAUAUGGAGAGACAGAUGAAAUCCUGAUAAUUAAACUCCGUAAAGGACAGGAACUAAAGCUCAGAGCAUAUGCGAAGAAAGGUUUUGGUAAGGAACAUGCAAAGUGGAAUCCAACAGCUGGUGUGUGUUUUGAAUAUGAUCCUGAUAAUUCCAUGAGACACACACUUUUUCCCAAACCAGAUGAGUGGCCGAAAAGUGAAUACACAGAAUUAGAAGAUGACUCGCAGCAUGAGGCUUCAUACACUUGGGAAGCAAAGCCAAAUAAAUUUUUCUUCAAUGUGGAGAGUUCUGGAUCGUUACAUCCUGAGAACAUUGUAAUGAUGGGUGUGGCUGUACUGAAAAACAAAUUGUCUAACCUGCAGACCCAGCUCAGCCACGAGCUACAACAUGAUGCUCUUACAAUCAGUUAAUUAAAUUAGUUAGAAGGAAAAGUUGAAGAGUAAAUUAGAUUAAAAAAAACAUAUUCAGUUACUCGUUGAUUUAUGCAACAGUUGUGUUGUAAAGAAAAGUCAAUUGCAUAAUUUAAAAAGUAAAAUCCCUUUUCCCCUCAUUCCUACUCUUCUUCCCAUUGAAAUGAAGUCACAUUCUUUGGACACUCAUAUAAUGAGGAGUACUGGUAGUUAUAAGCGUAGCGUAAAUAUGUGAGAGUUUAUCAGAUGGAUGGUUCUUGUUUGAAUCAGUGCUGUCUGUGAGACAAUAUUAGACAGGUAAGUGCUGCAUUUCCCUCUGUGUUUUCAUUAUUAAAUACAUGUGUUUAAUUG